AUGAUUAAAAGAAAUUCAGUAAUUAAACAGAAAGUUUUCCGAUUUCCAAGUAAAACACAAAUAGGCUCUUGGAGAUUUGCUGUUCUUAUUCGAAUUUUAGAUCUAAUUCAUGAAUCUCUAGUAUCAAAUACUCCAGUAACAAAAAGGGAUAUCUAUUAUCGUGAUAUAAACUUAUUUAAGAAUUCAAAAAUUGUAAAUAAAAUUAUAGAAGAUAUAGCAUAUACCUUCAAAAUUCGAAGAUCAGCACUUAAUGUUCUAGCUACAGCAAAAGGACUCGUUUGCGGCCACAUAAAAAUAAAACGAAAAAAUUUUGAAGAGAUAAAUUGUUUGCAAGAUUCUGAAGUAUUAAUACCUUCAGAAACUGAAAUAGAAAGUAUAGAGACAGAAGCUGAUUGGAUUCUUAUUGUUGAAAAAGAAUCGACAUUUAGAACAUUACUGAUAUCAAAAUUUUACAAUCAUCCAGUAGCAGGGAAAGGUGUUAUCAUUACAGCAAAAGGAUACCCAGAUAUAUCAACAAGAGAAUUUUUAUACAUGAUAUCAAAAUCUAUUUCAUCUUCUUCAAGUCCUUAUAAGAGAUCAACUCCCAUAUUGUGUCUUGUAGAUUAUGAUCCACAUGGAAUAAACAUUCUAGCAACAUACAAAUUUGGUUCAUAUGCAGAAGCACACAAUAGCCAUCUAAUGGCUAUACCAUCGAUCAAAUGGUUAGGCGCACACUCAAAUGAUUUUCGUAAAAAUCAAGAAAAUGGAUAUAUUCCAAUGAAUAACAAUGAUAUAAAAAAAGCUUUUGACCUUUUACAAAAAGAAUGGAUUCAAGAACACAUAAACCUAAAAAAUGAGUUAUGUAGAAUGUUAUUUACCAGAGUUAAAGCAGAAAUACAAUUAUUAAGUGAAAAUGAUGAAAAAUGUUUAACAGAAUAUUUAGCAGAUAAAAUUUCCAAAGGUGAAUGGUUAUAA